GAAAGAGAAAGGGCACUUAGAAGCCCAGAUAGCCUGAAAGAAGAGUUCCAGGAUUUAAAACCAAACCAAGAGUAAAGUAUUUUUCUGUCUUUUCUUUCCCGCAGAGGAGAUCCAGACCUGUCAUUUGAUUGACAGCCCUGCCAUAAACAGGUUCUUUCCCAGAAGUUGUACAAAGGCGCUCACCGUUGCCGAUUCUGAUUCUUCCCUUAGAAGUCAAGUGAUUUCCCUGGUAAUGGAUUGCCUCUCUCUGAGUAACUACAAUUGCUCGGGCCCUGGAGGAUCCAAGACGGUGACUUCUCUUAGCAUGCCUCAGCAGCAGAUGAAGUUUUUCACUGAUACCUCAUAGAAGCAUUUCAAUCAGAUGCUUUUGAUUUCCACCCUGCGGACACUCUCCAGAUCUAGCUUCUAAGCCCUGCUAGGACUGGGACACAGCAAAGGUCAACAUGACUGACGAGCCUGUGAAGGAGAGUCUGGGAGCCCCCAAGACUCCCAUGCCAGUGACAACGGAGAAAAGCCCCAAGAGUGAGGUGGUGAUCAACACGACCCCGCUGGUCACUGAGGUCCAGCUGCUGGCUGCCACGGGGGGUGCCGAGCUCUCCUGCUAUCGAUGCAUCAUUCCCUUCGCCCUGGUGGUCUUCAUCGCCGGGGUCGUGGUCACCGGCGUGGCUUACAGCUUCAACUCCCACGGCUCCAUCAUCUCCAUCUUCGGCCUGGUCCUCCUGUCAUCUGGACUUUUUUUAUUAGCCUCCAGUGCCUUGUGUUGGAAGGUGAGACAGAGAAGCAAAAAAGCAAAGAGACGGGAGAGCCAGACGGCACUCGUGGCCAAUCAGAGAAGCUUGUUCGCUUGAGACUGAAUGAGACCAAAUGGUGGUCAUGUGACCCCAAACCUCCGCUCUAACUUGGUCAGCGGAUUCAUCCAGAAACAGUGUGGGACGGCAUGGGCUUGGCUUGGGAGCAGACUAGAAAAAAUGCGGAGCUGGGGAUGAAGGAGGGGGUAAGGGGAUUCCUCCUGUGUGAGGAAUAGCCUGUCUUCUUAGUGACUGUCUUCUUUAAUGACAACCUUAAUCCUAAGGGCUAUUUCUAAGACAGAAGAAUCAGUGCUCUCUCUCUGUCUCUCUCUCUCUCUCUCUCUCUCUCUCUCUCUCUCUCUCUCUCUCUCUGUCAAACCUUUCCCGGGUCGUGGGAGAUGCACAGCAUUAGAUAACAUUUGGUUCAUCUUGGAAAGCAACCAAAAAUGAUGAGAAAAUAACAAGGUCCUAGCGCAUCAGACACCUGCCUCCAAAACAAACACCCUGCACUCCCUAAGAAUUGUAUUAUAAACAUGUUCUGCUCAAGGUCUGCAUUGCCUUGGACUUCACCUACAUCUAUGAAACGCAGUCAUAUUUUUUUUCCCAGUAAGUUGAUCCUCUGGCAUCCGUUUUUAUCUUUCAUUUUCAGUAACUCAUCACUGGUGGUACUUUACCUUGAAAAAUAAACUAAUAGUUUUUUUAUAUUUUAACAUUGGACACUUUUAGGUGAUUGUAAAGAUGUCUCAGAAGUGAACAUAAAAGGUAUAGCUAAUAGAUGACAUGGGGGGGUUAAAUUAAUAUUAAAAUAAUCCAAUAGAGCACUUUUGAUGAUUUUUUAUAUAAAAGUUUAAUGUAUAUUUCAUUUGAAAUAAUAAAUACUCAUUGCUGCUUAAACAUC